AUGAAGCUUUCGCAAAACAUUCUGGCUGGAGUGUUCUUCACGAUCGCUGGUGCCUCGGCAUUAAAGCUGGAUCUCGGCCUCGCAGGCAAAUCGCUGACCGACAUUCCAACAGAUAAGCGCGCCGAUGCCUUGUUGAACGAUGUUAAUAGGUGGGUGUCGCGUCAAGCUCUUCUUAAUGAAAGCGACGCCACAUUGCAGAAGCGCGGUGAUAGCGGCUCGGCCUCUGUCGAGGAUACGCUUGGUGAUGUUGUUAUUGAUGUGAAGAUUGGUUCAGAGAAGAAAAAGGUGCCGAUCAUUGUGGACAUUGGCAGUCCUUCUACGAUCGUGAAAGAUUCGUUUUACCAGCCCAAAGAGUCGAGCUCGGCUUCCGAACCGCUUGGGGUGUUCACGGUUUCAUACUUAAGUGGCGGAAAGGCCAAUGGUCCUUUGAUCCUGGAUGACUUCUCGGUGGGAGAUUUGACAGCCAAGUCGUUCCCUAUCGGUAUGCUAAGUAAGAAGUACUACAGCGUUGUGAUGGACGACAAGAUUGGCGGUAUCUUGGGCCUGUUGUAUCCUGGUCUCGCCCAGAAUUUUUGGUACAAGACUCUGCCGAAAAAGGCUGAUCUUAUUUCCAACCUAAGGGAUCAACGCGUGAUUGACAAUCGCAAGUGGCAAAUGACCAUCGGUGACGGCGGAAAGCUCGUUAUCGGAGAGCAUGAUGAAUCCCUGGCUGAAGGCGGCCUCAAGGAAGUCGUCAACGCGGGCAUUACUCAGAACCACGCUGGUAUGAAGGGCAGGUUCAACGGUGGUGUACCUGUGGUCUUUCAUUUUGAUACGGGCACUCAUGGUAUUAUCACCACAGCUCUCAAUGCUAGAAGGAUUUUUAGCGAAAUCGGUGCUGAAGUUAAGGAGGUGGACAAUGGUAGUAAUAUUAUCGGCCUGGUUGACUGCAAGAACCCGCCGAAGCUCAAGUUCUCUGAAGUCCUGGGCCUCUUAGACGUGGAGAUUCCUGAAGAAGAUAUUACAGGCAAUAAGUAUCACGGCAAGUGCCUCCUGCCCAUUGUUGGCUCCGUCAAGAUUGGCGUACAAGGCUCUCUUAUGUUUGAACCCCACGGCUUCGUGUUGGGCCAGUCGUUCCUCCGCCACAUCACAUUUGCCGUUGACUUUGACAGGCCCUUUAAGAUCAAGGUUGGCAAGCGGAAGAGCAACUAG